AUGAGGCAGGAUGGGCGGUCUGGGAAUGCAUCUCUGGAGGACUCGGACGAUGAUCCCGGCUCCAUGCAAAGUUUACUGCUGCAGGCGUUAUCACGUUCAGGUGGAGGAGAGCGAGGUGGCCACCUGGCACAGAAGAAUCUAGCUCUGGUGCAGGGUUUGGAUGGGCUGAGGAGGGGCCUCCUGCACAGGGUGGGUAGUUCUGUCUACGGUAACCUGAGGAAAAAAGUGUCACGAGUUACGUUGGCGCUUCUCGAUGAUGUCAGCAGCCUGGUGGACAUGCCACAGCCUAACGCUCAGGGCCGGUGCUCAGUUGGUGACCUGAGACAACUGAUCUUAUGGGGGAUAAGACACAACGUGACGUGGAACACUCAGGCUUUGGGUGUUAAGUCCCAGGGUCUCCCAAGCUCGCUCCCAUUCCUCUCCUGCCCCUCCGAUGAAGGAGAUGAACCAAGAUCACAGCUCCCACCAGCGCACUUGUCUCCAAAAGCAUCCCCUUCUUCACGAACAAACUCCAAACCAAAAAACCUUCACAAACUCUCUACCACAACUCAUCGCUCCCAGUUCAAGCAGCCACAAACAGGGAGGAAAAGAGCAAGCUACGUGCAGCAGAAAGAGAUGGAGUACUCCACCUCUAUAGAAAUCCUAGAGGCGGCGUGUAAUGAGUCCAUCCCAGGCUUGACAGGUGUCUCCAACUUCACCGUGUUCCUCUACUGUAAACUGUUCGAAGGGGAGAACGGGUCAGUGGAACCUGCGGUGGCCCAGAUGGGACUCGACCUGCACGCCACCUGCUCGGAUGCAGCUUGGUACCUGUCUGCUGCUGAGGAGGACUUCCUUUGGGUCCAUGUCUGCAGUGAGUUCUUUGCCCACGAAUUCAACAACACCGUGUGUGCCAACUCCUCUUUCUGGUUGCAGAGAGCACAUCAGGCUGCACUGACAAAAGACUUUUUUAACCUAACAAGCAUAGACGACCUGUGUGUGCAGCUCUCAGGUGAGGCGAUAGGAGGUCCAGGACUUGACGAGAACUGUCUGGCCCAGUUGGGCAGCAGGUUGCUCAGUGCCCAGGCUUUCAGACACUGCUUCCUACCCAACAACUCCGUCCUGAUCUCAGCUGUGUGCGGCAGAGAGUCCCCUGACUCGCUGCAGUCCUUGCCAGAGGGCAGCUGGGCCGCAGCGUACUGCUCCAAAAUACAAAACUUCUCCCAUGUUGACACCAUUGAGGACAGUUGUCAGUUCAGGGAUUGGGCUGCGCAUCAUUUCACCAACUUCACCCUUCUGGAGCUCUGCGGGCAGACACAUGGAUUGAGAGAGUACAUUUGUCUAAACGCCACACUGUACAAUCAGCUGUUCAGAUCAAUGCCACAGUUCACUAAUUUCUGUGAGGAUCUGCAGGCAGAGCUGGAGGGCAGGAAGUGCCUCCUGCAGAGGUUUUUUGACAUGCUCCCGGCACCGUAUGAGUUUGACACAUCACAGCUGUGUGUGGAUCCGGCUCCACUGCUGGUGGAAGUCGUGCACAAGCUGAGUGUGUGUGAGGUCGAGGGAGGGGAGCGCGAAGGGUUUUUAGUGAUGCUGGGAUAUGUGUUGCGAGUCCUGGACUUCAUGGUGGGCCUCUCUUCAGGCCUGGAUGAAGGGGAAAUAGAGGCCAGGCAAGGUUUGGGUCAGGCCAUCCUCCUCUCUAGUCUCCUGGACAACACUUCCUGGGCCACACUGCAGCCAGAGGCCUCCAUGAGCAUCCUUCAUACUGUGGGAGUCUUCCUCCGUAGGGAGCAGAACGCCACUCUCAAAGAGGAUCUGCUGAGCUGCUUCAGUCCUGUCUUGUGGGACCUCAUCCAGCGGGAUGACAACUCAUCUGCUCUCAGGGUUCUGCUGCAGGAGUACCUCCAGAUGCCAAGAGACAGCAUCCGUACUCUUGUGAUGUCUGCUGAGAAAGAUGCUGUUAAGAGAUUUCUCUCCCAUAUGCAUCAAAGCUGGGACCAGCUACAAGUAGAAACAGGACAGGCCUCUCAAAAAGAGCUGCAGGCCAUGGAAACAAUGACCGCUGCUUUCAUCAACAAGUUCCCCCGAGUGACUCCGGAACUGUUUGUGGACCUGUCUCAGUUCAUCCCCUUCAUGUCCGUCUCGGACAUCAUGAGAUUUCCAGCCUCCCUCAUAGUCAACGACAGCGUGUUGACAGCCAUCCGUGACCAUAGCUCAGGGAUGAAGUCGCUGCAGAAAAAGGCCUUUAUGAAAAGACUACUGCAGGCGAGCGUGGUGGGUGACGUCCCUACGUGGCCGCCGUACUUUCUCAGUUCCAUCCUCCCGCUCCUGCCUUACCUCCCAGUCAGUCAUUUUCAGCAACUGACAUCACAGCAGCUCACUCCUCUGGUGGAGUUUCUAGGCAACGGCAGUCUGGACGGUGUCAGGGGCCGCCAUGUGCUCCGGACCCUCUUCAGCAAGAAGAACAAUCUGACCAGUGAUAGCAUACUGAGGUUAGGAGUCCUUGCGUGUUACCUGGAUCCAGUGGACCUGCGUUCAUUUAUUCAGGACUCAGCUGUGUCUCUGGCGCUCUGGCAGCAGCUGGCUCUGUGCAUGUCCAAAGGGUUCAUAAGCGACAGCGGCAGGCUGUCCUCUUGGUUGAUACCAGCCGUUCAGAACCUGAACAUCAGCAGCAUGGCGUCCCCAGAGCUGUCUGCCCUCAGUGGCCUCUUGCCUCAGUUAGGAGCUUCCUACCUGCUAUCUCUGCCCUCACAAGAGAUCCUGGAAAUCCUCUCGCAACCAGGAUUACACAGAUAUUCCCCAGCACAGGCUUUUCAAAUAUUGUCCAAGAUUUCAAAGGACACCACUCUCACCAUGGAAAAACUGUGCAGACUGAAGCCGUUGCACCCUGGUCUCUCCCCUGCUGUGCUCAGAGACCUCCAGUGGUCUGAGAUCAGUGAAGCUGCGUACUGCCAGUGCUGGAGAACGCUGCUCACCGAGCUUAAGCCUGGCCACAGGGCCAUGCUAUACAAUGCAAUGCAGGAGGCUCUACACAGAGACCCGCAGAACAUCACUCAGCAGUUCAACUGUCUGUCGCCGUUUGUCCCUUUGAGGAAGCUGACAGAAACCUUAAAUGGAGAAGCAAUCCUGAGAGAUAUCAGCCUGCACAGAGACAUACUCUGGUCACCACAGCAGGCUCAGCUUUUGUUCAAAAAGAUCCAAGAAUUUAAAAACAUUACCAGCAAGAUGGCGGGAAGUUUGGGCCACAUUGCCAGUGGAAUGAGUUGUGACUUUUUGAGGCUUUGGAGCAACGAUACAGAUUUUGCAGAGCUGCUUCAGUUUGUUAGUGAGCUGCCUGGAGGCAUGAGACCUGCUCUGCGAAAAUGUAUCGUAGAGGAACUGAGGAAACAACCUGAACUCGACCUCAGUGCUUUGGGCUCCGGCUUUGCUGCAACAUUACCUGUGACGAUGAUAGAGAACCUCUCUAAUAUAUCCCUCAGAGCCAUUCUGGACCACAUUCAAGCACACUUUGCUGACUUCCUCAGGCUGCCGCAUUACAAGCAGACGAAUUUAGCAGAGAAAGCUGUUACUGAGCUGGGCUCUUCUCAGGCUGAGGGGGCGAUUGAUGGCACCACUCUGGACAUCCUGGGGCCUCUACUGCCUUUCUUGGACCGGGACAGUUUGGCUCUGGUGGACAGAGGGGCUCUGGCUCUGCGGCUGGAGGAGAUGCGGAGUUUCUGCCUUCCUAAAGAGGCUCUGAGAGACAUCGGGGCCCUGCUCACUCAGAAAGACCUGCUCGGGGAGCCGUCCAAAUGGCAAGUCGAGGAUGUGGAACAUUUGGGCAGACUGGUGUUCUCUCUCUCAACAAAGCAGAUUAACGCCAUCCCGCUGGCGGUGUUGAAUAAAGACACAGUGGAGCAGGUGCUGGUGGGUCAGAGUCGCUGGGAGGACAGUGUGGUGGGUGGGGUCUGCGCUACUUGGUGUAUGGAUCAGCAUCGUCAGAAACAGCAGACUCAGGGUCUCAUUCGAGGGAUAGUCAGAGCACGGAGCAGGAGGGCAAAAGUGCCAGUUCCGAGCUGUGCAGACAUCAGAGGGACCUUUCCUUCGGCUUGGAUGUCCACUCAGCUCAGCCGUAUGUCACAGGAGGAUCUGAAACAGUGUGUUGAGGUUCUUGCUCAGGACGCUUCAAUGAGUUCUGAGCAGCGCCGGGCAUUGUGGCUGAAACUCAGGCAGUCCUUCAGUCCGGUGAGAGAGCUGAGAGCAGACCAGGUGCUGGCUCUGGGCUCAGUGGUGACUGAGAUGGGAGACAGAGAGCUUUACGACACCAGUCUCACUGAUCUGGGUGUGCUGGCGCAUGUGGGGAUGCUGACAGGCUGGAGCCCUAAAAAGAUGAGAGCAGUGAUUUCAGGUGUGAUGCGGAAGCUCAAACUAAGAGUGGAGCAGUUAACGGCUGUUGAUCUGGCAACAUUUGGCCAUCUCAUCUGUGGUCUGUCUCCCUCAGAGAUCAAAAGACUGAGCCCGUACAACCUCAGUAUGGCUGUUCUGUUUCUGCGGGAGGCGUCCCUGCCUUGCACGGAACAGCAGAUGGAGACACUGACAAGUUGUUUGUCCAGACCUGAGGCCUUCGGUCCAGUCAGCGCUUGGGGACCAGAAGUUUUUACUGAAAUUGGGACGUUGGCAGUGGGUCUGGAGGAUAUGGUGCUGUCAGCUCUGGUACAAGAACAAGUGGAGGGAAUCACCCCUGAGGCCAUCGCCCUGAUGACACCAAAGAAGAUGGCAGUGGUGUUCAGCGCCGUUCAGUUGUCGUGGCUGAGUGUGGAGCAGGCGUGGGCUGUCACCGAUGAACAGUGGGCAGAGCUGGACACCGAGCAGAGGCACGCUGUCGGACUGGCUCGAUACGAAGGAGACGUGCUGCUGGAGCUGAGAGGGAGAAACUGGGCUCCAGCGGCCCUGAACGCAGACAGCUCCACGGUGCGUUCGCUGGCUCUGUGCCUCUUGUUAUGGCAACUAAUUUAA